AAUUGGAAUUGGUUCAAUGACAAUUAAAAUCAUUAAACAAAAUAGAGAUCAACAGUUAUUAAACUUUCCAAUUAGGUUUCAGAAUUCCUGUUCCUGGCAAAUCCAAAAUGGUUGCUGUGUUUAACAAAGAGCUUCUGAGUUGGUACCUCAUCACUCUGAAACUCAGAGAAACGGUAGAAUCUGGACUUCCAGGUACCAAAUCGCAGGAAUUACCGGAGCAACAGCAGCAACUGCUGCUGCAUAAGCAACAGCAGGCGCCGGCAGAUUCCCUGCAGAUUGUGAUCAAAGGGGAUGAAGAAAAGUUUAAAGAGGUAGAAGAGAUACCCAAGUCACCGGAAUCUGAAAAGUCACCGGAAUAUGAGUGGGUGAUUUCGAUCAGAGAGAAACUCGAGCUGGCACGGCAAGACGAUGCGGCGGGUUCGUGGGGGAAGCUGUCUAUCUACGAGAUCCCCCAUUACCUGAGGGAAGGAGAUGACAAGGCUUAUGUCCCUCAGAUUGUGUCUCUGGGGCCGUACCACCACGGCAAACGACGGUUGCGCCAAAUGGACAGCCAUAAGUGGCGGUCCCUCCACCGUGUACUCAAACGGACUAAUCAGGAUAUAAAGGUUUACCUCGAUUCCAUGAAAGACCUCGAGGAGAAGGCUCGUGGGUGUUAUGAAGGAACUAUCUAUCUUAGCAGCAAUGAGUUUGUGGAGAUGAUGGUACUCGACGGUUGCUUUGUUCUUGAGCUAUUUCAAGGGGUUGCCGUUGGAUUCAAGCAACUGGGUUACCCUCGAAAUGACCCUGUUUUUGCAAUGCGUGGCUCGAUGCAUUCGAUUCAGAGAGACAUUUUAAUGCUGGAAAAUCAGCUUCCCCUGUUUGUACUUGAUCGGCUUCUGGGUCUUCAGCGUGGUGAUCCUGAGCAGAAGGGGCAAGUCGCUAAAUUAGCACUCAUAUUCUUCGACCCAUUAAUGCCUACCGAUGAGCCAUUGACGAAAAUUGAUCGAAACAGAUUAGAGUCAUCUCUUGGACAAAGACAAACGCAGACGUUCGACCCUUUGUCCGAUUUGGGUGGCCUUCACUGCCUCGACGUUUUCCGGCGAAGCCUCUUGCGUUCCGGACCCAAACCCGAACCCAGAAUCUGGAUCAAGAAAUCGUCUCACCGCACCAGAGUUGCUGAUAAGCGGAGACAGCAACUAAUUCAUUGCGUCACGGAGCUCAAGGCUGCCGGUGUCAAGUUCAGGAAGAGGAAGACAGACCGCUUCUGGGAUAUCAAAUUCGAGAACGGGACACUGAAGAUUCCCCGCCUCUUGAUCCAUGACGGUACCAAAUCCCUGUUCCUCAACCUCAUCGCAUUUGAGCAGUGCCAUCUUGACUGCGGCAAUGACAUUACCACAUACGUGAUAUUCCUGGAUAACUUGAUCAACUCCCCUGAGGACGUCGGGUAUCUCCAUUACUGUGGCAUAAUUGAGCAUUGGCUCGGCAGUGAUGCGGCGGUGGCUGACCUCUUCAACCGCAUGUGUCAGGAAGUGGUGUUUGAUAUCAACGACAGCUACCUUUCCCGGUUGUCGGAGGAUGUAAACCGGUAUUACAAUCACAAGUGGAAUACUUGGUGUGCGAGUUUGAAGCACAGGUACUUCAACAAUCCUUGGGCCGUCAUCUCUCUCCUCGCCGCUGUUGUGUUGCUGCUGCUUACUUUUGCACAGAGCUUCUAUGCAGUCUAUGCUUAUUACCGGCCGAAUUCUUGAUCUACUUUUCCCCACUUGGUUUGAAGAGGAUAUUUUCUGAGUUCCAUACAAAAUACCAUGUGGACUUGUUUGCAUCAGUUUCUGCAGAGGUGUGCUCCAAUUUUUGCAUUUGGUUUGGAUAUAAAUACAAAGGGUUGCCAUGUCUUCCUGUCUUAGUUCAAUAUUUUGCAUCAUUGUUCUCAUUCAAUAAAGUUUCAGAUGCUCGGCUCAUCAGAAGUUCGGCAUUUCAAUCUGUAUCUAAUAAGAUUUUUUUAAAGCU